CAUUAUCGCGAUGUUAGCCGUUUGUUUACGGAGGUAACACGCAGCUUUAUUUAACAAACUGAAUCAAAACAGAAGGGUGAUGUUUUUUCUCAAAUACAACACUUAAUACGAUCAAAAACGAGACUAUGGGAGGAUAAAACGUUUCUGUCGCUGAUAAUUCACUGUCCUGGUCUGACCGUUAGCCUGACACCUCACUCUGGUUAAAUUUGACAUUUUGAAACUGCUAUUCGAGCCCAGCACUUUCUGUGAAGUUUGUUUGUCUAGGUUCUGCUAGUUUCUACGUUUUGUUUCAGGCACCAAAAUGAAUGGAGGAGAGAGAGAGAAGAACAUUACACCAAGAGUUUUAACCUCACAGAAAAGAAAGUCUGAGACAACUCUUGCUCCAACGUACUUAACUGUCCAUGGCACGUGUUCUCUCCUUAUGUCGGCCUAAACCUUUUCUGGCCCUGGUGGGGAGGAGGACACCCACAUUCUACAAAAUGUCGUUGGACUCCCGGGCACGUGAAGUGUUUGCAGCUGCAAUACAGGCCGUUCAGCCAGAUACUGUGGUCCGCCAGAGCAUCGAACGCAAAGAGGAUAUAGUUAUUAUCGAUGGUCGCAAGUUCACACUUAAAAACAACCUGCACUUGGUGGGUUUUGGUAAAGCUGUACUGGGUAUGGCUGCUGAGGUAGAGAGGAUUUUGGGGGACCAUUUAGUGAAAGGAGUCAUAAGUGUACCAAAUGGAAUUCAGCAGACAUUACAGAAGCAUGGAAAAAAUCAUCUAUUGUUAAAGGAGGACAGUCGCAUUGAAGUAAUCGAAGGAGCCAAACACAACUUGCCUGAUGCUGAUGCCCAGAAAGCAGCUGAAAGGAUCAAGCAAUUAGCCAGUGAACUGACAGAGAAAGACUUGCUACUUGUUCUCAUUUCAGGAGGGGGUUCUGCGCUAUUACCUGCACCUGUCCCUCCCAUCUCUUUGCAUGAGAAGCUGGAUGUUACCCGCAGACUUGCUGCUGCUGGUGCCACUAUACAGGAGCUGAACACUGUACGCCGUGCCCUUUCUUUGUUAAAGGGUGGAGGGCUUGCACAUUUUGGUCACCCAGCCCAGGUGGUUGGACUUAUAUUAUCUGAUGUGAUUGGGGAUCCACUAGAUUUGAUAGCCAGUGGGCCCACAGUAUGCAGUGAAGUGUGGCCUGAGGAAGUUGUGUCCAUCCUUCAGCGUUACAGCAUGUUUAAUUCUCUACCAGCCUCUGUGAAAGAAGUCCUUGGGAGACCAAGUCCUAGGUGGGAAAAGAAAAGUGAAGAAUCAAACACAGGAGGAAAUGUUUUCAAUGCUGUGAUUGGCUCCAACACUGUUGCCCUUAAAUAUGCAAGUCGGCGAGCUCGUGAGUUAGGUUUGCGGCCUGUUAUACUUUCCCCAGGAGUGUGUGGAGAUGUGAAGUUGGUUUCGCGUCUUUACAGCCUCCUGGCCCGUUUUGGUUGCUCUCGAAAGGAGCCUCCUCCUGAAAUAGCUGCUGAGAUGUUGAGGCUGGGACCAGAUGUUGGAGUUGAGACCUGGGACCUGUGCCGAACAAUGCAAGUAUUGGAAGAGGGGCGAGCAGAAGGAUGGGGGGCUACGUGUCUUUUAGCCGGAGGUGAACCCACUGUGGAGUUAACAGGCAAAGGUCGAGGUGGACGAAACCAGGAGCUAGCUCUGCGAGUGGGUGUUGAGUUAAGAAACCUAGAGCAUCCACCCAAAGGUCCUGUGUUUCUGAGUGGUGGGACUGAUGGUCAGGAUGGACCCACUGAGGCAGCAGGGGCUGUCACUGAUGGGGGGUUAUGGGAUGAAGCUCAAGCCCAGGAGCUGGACAUCAGCAACUUCCUUAUCAACAAUGAUUCUUACACUUUCUUCUCAAGUCUUUCUGCUGGGCAGCGCUUACUUGUUCCUGGCUUAACUUGUACUAAUGUGAUGGAUGUGCACAUUCUGCUUAUUCCACCAGUUCCCAUUAACAUAGACAGACUGCUGUAAACCAAACUGCAGUUAAACAUGUUUGGGUUGAAUGUCCAUUUUGACCCACUUUGCCAAGUAAAAUUAAAAUGAUCUAAAUCCCAAGGAUCUGGAUAAUACUGUACUUUGUCUUCCAUUUCAUUUAACAUUCAUUUUUGUAAUAUUUUCUGUAACACUAUGCUAACAUUUGGACCCAUGCGUGACCCAUGACAUUAUUGUAUGUUUCCCACAUUAGCUUUGCCAUCAGUAUUAAUGCUUUCAGGAGGGAACAAAAGGCUAAACCUCUGCCAAAGCCAUGGUGGUCUUGCUGCAGUUUCUGUUUACAGCCCACUACUAUGAAAUACAAAUUAACUUGAAAAAAAAAA